AUGUCUCGAGAAAGAUUUGAGGGCCUGCGUGAGGAUAGAGCCUCGGAGGCUGUGCCGGACACAAAGAGGCCCAGGCACGAUAAAGAGACUACUGUAGCCGAUCGACGCUCGCAGAUGCCGGAAAUGGGACACAGAGACGACGACGAGGUGAUACAAGAGUACGAGGACGAUUUGAAAAGCGAGCUCGAGGCGCUGCAUCAACAAACCCAAAGUGCCAUCAAGAAGCUCAGAAAGAGCAGAAUCGAGUGA